GAUUGUUUCCUCCAAGCGUCGCGACGCGGCGCGCGGAUCGCCGAAUGCGCCGCGCAUGCGCCCUACGCGCGGCGCUCUUGAUGUCAUCAGCGGGUCAAAAUGGCGGAAGGGGACCUGAACGUCGACAGCAUAAUUUCCAGGCUCUUAGAAGUGCGAGGAUGCCGCCCUGGGAAGACGGUGCAGCUGACGGAGGCCGAGGUGCGUGGCCUCUGCCUCAAGUCGAGGGAGAUCUUCCUCAGCCAGCCCAUCCUGCUCGAGCUCGAGGCACCCCUCAAGAUCUGUGGGGACAUCCACGGCCAGUACACGGACCUGCUGCGGCUGUUUGAGUACGGGGGCUUCCCACCCGAGGCCAACUAUUUGUUCCUGGGGGACUAUGUGGACCGGGGCAAGCAGUCCCUGGAGACCAUCUGCCUCUUGCUGGCCUACAAGAUCAAGUACCCCGAGAACUUCUUCCUGCUCCGGGGCAACCACGAGUGCGCCUCCAUCAACCGGAUAUACGGCUUCUACGACGAGUGCAAGCGGCGCUACAACAUCAAGCUCUGGAAGACCUUCACCGACUGCUUCAACUGCCUGCCUAUCGCCGCCAUCAUCGACGAGAAGAUCUUCUGUUGCCAUGGGGGUCUGUCACCCGACCUUCAGUCCAUGGAACAGAUCCGCCGUAUCAUGAGACCCACAGACGUUCCGGACACGGGGCUGCUGUGUGACCUGCUGUGGUCGGACCCCGACAAGGACGUCCAGGGCUGGGGGGAGAACGACCGUGGGGUGUCAUUCACCUUUGGCGCAGAUGUGGUCAGCAAGUUCCUCAACAGACAUGACCUCGACUUAAUAUGCAGGGCACACCAGGUGGUGGAGGACGGCUACGAGUUCUUUGCCAAGCGCCAACUGGUGACCCUCUUCUCUGCACCCAACUACUGCGGGGAGUUUGACAACGCCGGCGGCAUGAUGUCUGUCGACGAGACCCUCAUGUGCUCCUUCCAGAUCCUGAAGCCCUCCGAGAAGAAGGCCAAGUACCAGUACGGGGGCCUCAACUCGGGCAGACCCGUGACCCCACCCAGGGGGCCUGUCAAGAAGAAAUAGCGGGGCACGCAAGGGCGACAACGAGCAAGCAACCACCACCACCACCACAACACCACUUGCCGGGAAGGGAGACCAGUAGCAGCCGCGGUCUCCUCGUUCAAGCCAUGCGCUCCGCCACCUGUUUUCACUCCCCUGCGACUACCCCCUUUUGACUCCCGCAGACUACUACCUUCCAACUCCCCUCCCCCAUUCUUUUUUUUUUUUUUUAAUUCUUGUUGGUCGUUGCCUUCCUCGGGUUGACCGUCCUGCGUCGCAUCAGUGUUCCUUUGCUCUCUCUUAUGCAGGUCAUUAUCUUUUCUUUUUUUUCAUUAUCAUUACUUUCGGAACUGGAGCUUCUUAAAGAUGUCCGCCGUUCUUUAAUUGUUUGUGCGUCUGCAUCCGGUGCUCUUUGUAAGUUUUUUUUUUUUUUACUGCAUUUAGCUGAGGGUUGUACUGGUAAAGCUUCUUCUGGAAGCGUCAGUUUAGGCUUGAAACUGAGUUAGAGUUGCCCAGACCAUGUUAAAUUGUUUACGUUUUCUUAAACUUCUGUGCUUACACGAUGCAUUGAAACUUUUCUUCCAAACGUUUGCCUAGCUCAAGGCCGCCUUUUGCUCACGAUUUCUGCAAUCAUGUGCAGAGCUGGCGACGUCAAUUGCCAACUCUGUGUGUUUUUUUUUUUUUUAUUAUUGUUUGGAUGCUUUAGACUUGCCACACUAACUUUUGAACGUUGAGCAAUCGGAGAAGCCGCGUUCGCUCCGAUUCCAUGCUCCAAUCUUUUUCUAGGUUUUUGUUUGCACCAUGAAUAAGUAGCGUCUACUCUGAGGGUACCCGUUAAGACUAGCACGCCAGUUCGCCACCAAGUUUCAUUUUCUUUCCGACAGAAACAGUCCAAGCAUUGCGGUCGCGCCCAUAACAAAAAAGUUCUUGUUAAAAAAAAAUGUUUUCCAGCGAACCGCCGCUGCGCAAUCCCCUCUGGAAGACAUGCCGCCACGCGUCUGGUUCCCGGAACUUGUAAAGGUGUCGUUUUACCGUUUAUCUUUCCCCGUAGCCUCGGUCAGGCCGUCUGCCGUAGGUGCUGCGACGUAGCAGCCUCGAAAUACAGCUGGCAUUGUAGCAUCCAUUUUGGAAGAAGAAAAAAAAAAAAAAGAAAAAAAAGCCGGGGAGGUUGUGAGGUGUUUUCUCUGUUCGAGAAUCGAAGGUGAAUAAAGAGUUGGGAAAAGAA